AAAAACGAUUCCUUACUGAUAUUCAAAGCAUAACACGUCUAGGUUCAUGGAUGCACUCUAUAAUUUACUUGACGGUUCUAUUGACGACAAUACAAAGUUUGAAGAUGAGUGCCGAGCUAUUUUUGGAGCACAGUCAUAUGUUCUUUUCACAUUGGACAAGCUAGUUCAGAAGUUUGUUAAGCAUCUCCAUGCAGUUGCAUCUGAUGAAACAGACACCAAGCUUCUGCAACUACAUGCGUAUGAGAACUACAGAAAACUUUGGGAAGAUGAUUUGAUCUAGUGUAUCAUGAGAAUGCAUGUGCCAUCCUCCAUGAGGCAAAGAUAUACCAA